AUGUCGUUCUGGCAACACGUCCGCAAGCCCAAACCUCUCGAGGCUGGAGAGAGACCUCAUCAAUUGCUUUGGUACCUUGCACGGGGCCGUAUGACUGCCAGUCUACCCAACAACGGCGUACCAACAGCUGCAACACCCCGGGAACGUCGAAAGGUUGAGGAAACCAAUCGAAAAGCAGUUGGGUUCUGGGGUACCGUUCGUGAUAGCAGCUUGCCUGAAGCUGUGCGGCGCAUCAAUGACACCGAUAAGGAGGCUGUAAGUGGCAGUGCCGAAGAAGCUCACGAGACAGCAGAGGCCAUGGAGAUGGAGGCUUCAAAUGCUAACAAGGGCGUCGAAGAGUCUGCUAGAACCUCUGGUGGUCCCGAAGAGGAGAGGACUGCGGCAGAGGUAAGAGAACCCGAGGACGGCAAGGAGACUUCAGGUACUGCGCCUGCUCAGUUGGGGGAGCUUAAGAAGCGCGAUUGA